AGUAGUAUACGACCUUCUUCUAAGCGCCAUCUUCCCUUAUUCCCACAUCCAAACACACUGAUUAGGUUUCCCAGUUCCCACAAUUUCAAUUCCAUCACUUCCACAGUGACAAACAUAGCGAGAUAGAUUACUUAUAUCAGCACUAGCCUUACUCUUCCCUCUAAUUUCGUCAAAAUCUAACCGCAAAAUAACCGACAGCUAGAAACACAGAGAACGAAUCGAACCCUGAUGGCAUCUAAAUUCGGGUUAGCCGGCGGUAUACCGGAGCGGCGGGUUCGACCAAUAUGGGACGCUAUAGAUUCUCGGCAGUUCAAGAACGCUCUCAAACAUUCGACUGGGCUGCUCGCGAAAUAUCCUAAUUCUCCUUACGCUCUUGCAUUGAAAGCUCUUAUCUUGGAGAGAAUGGGUAAAUCUGAUGAAGCAUUGUCCAUUUGCUUAAAUUCUAAGGAGCUUUUAUAUAAAAAUGAUUCAAUGUUAAUGGAUGAUCUCACACUCAGUACGCUUCAGAUUGUUUUUCAACGGCUUGAUCACUUGGAUUUGGCUACUAGCUGUUAUGAGUAUGCUUGUGGUAAAUUUCCAAACAACUUGGAACUAAUGAUGGGGCUUUUCAACUGUUAUGUUCGCGAGUAUUCAUUUGUCAAGCAGCAACAGACAGCCAUCAAAAUGUACAAGCUUGUUGGUGAAGAAAGGUUUUUGCUUUGGGCAGUUUGUAGUAUUCAGCUACAGGUGUUCUGCGGCAAUGGAGGAGAGAAACUGUUACUCUUGGCUGAAGGCUUACUUAAGAAGCAUGUUGUGUCGCACAGCUUGCAUGAACCAGAAGCUCUUAUUGUCUAUAUAUCCAUACUGGAGCAGCAAGCAAAGUAUGGUGAUGCAUUGGAAAUUCUCUCUGGCAAAUUAGGAUCCCUUUUGAUGAUUGAAGUUGAUAAGCUACGCUUGCAGGGGAGGCUGCUUGCCCAAUCAGGUGAUUAUGCUGCUGGAGCUGAUAUAUAUCAGAAGAUUUUAGAAUUAUGCCCUGAUGAUUGGGAGUGUUUCCUACAUUAUCUAGGCUGUUUGCUGGAAGAUGACAGCAGCUGGAGUAAGGGAGUGAACAAUGGUUCAAUUCAUCCCCCUAAAUUAGUGGAUUGCAAAAUCUCUCACUUGGCAGAUGAAGUGUUCAAUUCUCGUUUAUCAAAAGCAUCAGCUUUUGUGAAGAAGUUACAAGCAGAUGUGAAUAAUGACUUUAUUAGGUGUCCAUACUUGGCAAUUCUCGAAAUUGAAAGGAGGCGGCACUUAUAUGGAACAGGCAAUCAUCAUGAGAUAAUGGAUGCUCUAAUGCAAUAUUUUAUCAAGUUUGGUCACUUAGCUUGCUUCACUUCUGAUGUUGAGGUGUUCCUUCAAGUAUUAACUACAGAUAGAAAGAUGGAGUUUUUAGAGAAAUUGAUGAAAAGCUUCAACUACGUUGCAACAAUUCCCAGUAAAGUGCUUGGGCAGUCGAUAAAUGUAUUCAAAAUUCAACAGUUGAUUGGAAACAUAUGCAAGCAUCCUGUUGUUGAACUUGAGGGUUCUGCUGGAAAAAUGGUGGAGAUGUUCUGGAAAAGUCUUCCAUUGUCCAAGGACCUGGAUCCACAAGAAAGUAUGCAUGGAGAAGAGCUGCUAACUAUGACAUGCAAUGUGUUGGUUCAGUUAUUCUGGAAAACAAGACAUAUUGGCUACUUUAUGGAGGCAAUUAUGGUUUUGGAGUUUGGCUUGACUAUUCGCGGACAUGUGUGGCAGUACAAGAUCUUAUUGCUGCACCUGUAUUCACACUUGGGUGCCCUUUCAUUAGCUUAUGAAUGGUAUAAAUCUCUUGAUGUGAAGAAUAUAUUGAUGGAAACUGUUUCCCACCACAUUUUGUCCCAUAUGUUGCUUUCUCCUCAUUGGGUUGAUUUAAGUAAUCUACUGAAAGAUUACAUCAGGUUUAUGGAUGACCACUUCAGGGAAUCUGCAGACCUUACAUUUCUUGCAUAUCGCCAUAGAAAUUAUUCAAAGGUGAUCGAAUUUGUUCAAUUUAAAGAACAGUUGCAACGAUCAAAUCAGUAUUUAGUUGCAAGGGUUGAAUCAUCGAUUCUACAGCUAAAGCAGAAGGCUGAUAACAUUGAAGAAGAGGAGGUUGUUCUUGAAAGCUUGAAUUCUGGGAUUCACUUUGUUGAGCUUUCUAAUGAGAUCAGAUCCAAGACUUUGUCAUUCAAUGAAGAUUUUCAGUCACGGCCUUGGUGGACACCAGUUCCAGAGAAAAAUUAUCUUUUAGGUCCUUUUGAAGAAAUUUCGUAUUAUCCUAAACAGAACUUGGCGAGAGAAAGAGAAGAGAAUGUACGGAGGGUUAUUGAAAGGAAAUCCCUUCUCCCUCGGAUGAUCUAUUUAUCUAUUCAAAGCGCUUCUGUAUCAAUUAAGGAAAAUGCUGAAGUUAAUGGCUCUACAUCUGAACCUAAAAUCUCACAAGAGUUGAAGUUUUUGCUUGAGUGCUAUGCAAAGAUGUUGGGCUAUUCUCUAACCAAUGCUAUAGAAUUGGUUAUUGGAGUUUCUAGUGGCACAAAAUCGUCUGAGGCUUUUGAUUCAGACAUAGUUGACUGGCUUAAUUUUGCUGUGUUUUUGAACGCCUGGAACUUGAAUUCCCAUGAGCUCUCUCAGCCAGGUGGUGAUCAGUGUGGGUGUGGUAUUUGGUACAAUGUGGAUACUCUGCUAGCGAAGUAUAUUUCAGAGAAGGUCAGAUCCAUCGAGUCUCUUAUUUGCUCACCAAGGGGUGAUCUUCCAGUUUUAGUGCAGUUGGUUUCUGAGCCAUUGGCUUGGCAUGGUCUUAUAAUCCAAUCUUGUGUCCGAUCAUCUCUUCCAUCUGGAAAGAAGAAGAAGAAAGGUGGGUCCACAGAGCAGUCUACCUCUCUACUAUUUAGUACAAUACGAAAUUCAAUUGAUUCAUCCAAUGGUAUAGUUAAAGAGGUUGCAAAAUGGAUAAGAAAUCAGAUUAACAGAUCAGAAGAUGAGAUUUCGGAAACUAUCCUAUCCUCAUUUAGGAAUAAUGGACAGGAUGAAGGGCCCGGGAAGGUUUUUCAGACUCUGGAAAGCUUUAUCUCAUCCAUGGAUGAAGUUGAACUUGGUGGUCGGAUCUCCCAAGCAAUAAAGUCAUGGAGCCCUAUCGAUGUAGCAAGGAAGAUAGUGAUCGGCAAUUCUACAGUAUUGUCUGAGUUUCUUCAUAUUUGUGAGUCUAAAAUUAAGUUAUUGCAGGCGUUGAGACAGCAGAUAGCUCAAGUAUAAAGAGCAUGUUUGUGGUGCGAUCAGGGUUUCACGAGCUGAGCUUGCCCCGACUCGGGGGCACUGCACUUCAACUGCUUGUGUUUCGUGUUGAGUGCAAGUGUGUGCUCGACUCUUGUGUUUCAUGUGGAGUGCUAGUGUGUGCUUGACGACAGUUCUUUGGGCGCCUAUGGAAAUUUUGUGCAAGAUUUUUGGAUUGAAGUAAUGUAAACGAAAUGCUCUUUGUUUUAUUAUUAGUUCGAACAUUCUUUGCAUUUGCACAGGUUUGUAACUUUGUAUUCCGAGUGAUUUUUUGGGUGGCAAUGUAUCCAUUUUUUUUAUUUUCGUUCUGAAAAAUUAUAAACCGAUUUUGUAAUUUUUACUUUAUUUAUUGAACAAGAACUAAUGAUGGCAA